AUAAUUUUGAGUAAACUUCCAGGAGGACUAUGAAAGAUUAUGAUGAACUUCUCAAAUACUAUGAAUUAUAUGAAACUGUUGGGACAGGUGGCUUUGCAAAGGUCAAACUUGCCUUCCAUAUCCUCACUGGAGAACUGGUAGCUAUAAAAAUCAUGGAUAAAAAUGCACUAGGGAGUGAUUUGCCCCGGGUCAAAACAGAAAUUGAUGCCUUGAAGAACUUGAGACAUCAGCAUAUAUGUCAACUCUACCAUGUGAUAGAGACAGCCAACAAAAUAUUCAUGGUUCUCGAGUAUUGCCCUGGAGGAGAGCUGUUUGACUACAUAAUUUCCCAGGAUCGCCUGUCGGAGGAGGAGACCCGAGUUGUCUUCCGUCAGAUAGUGUCUGCAGUUGCUUACGUGCACAGCCAAGGCUUUGCUCACAGGGACCUCAAACCAGAAAAUUUGUUGUUUGAUGAAGAUCAUAAAUUAAAGCUGAUCGACUUUGGUCUCUGUGCAAAACCCAAGGGUAACAAGGACUAUCACCUGCAGACAUGCUGUGGGAGUCUUGCUUAUGCAGCACCUGAGUUAAUACAAGGCAAAUCAUAUCUGGGAUCAGAGGCAGAUGUUUGGAGCAUGGGCAUACUCCUAUAUGUCCUUAUGUGUGGCUUUCUACCAUUCGAUGAUGAUAAUGUCAUGGCUUUGUACAAGAAGAUUAUGAGAGGGAAAUAUGAGGUUCCUAAGUGGCUCUCCCCCAGUAGUAUUCUGCUUCUUCAACAAAUGCUACAGGUGGACCCAAAGAAACGGAUUUCUGUGAAAAAUCUAUUGAACCAUCCCUGGAUCAUGCAAGAUUACAACUGUCCUGUUGAGUGGCAAAGCAAGACUCCUCUUAUUCACCUUGAUGAAGAUUGUGUAACGGAACUUUCUGUAUAUCACAGAAACAACAGGCAAACAAUGGAGGAUUUAAUUUCACUGUGGCAGUAUGAUCACCUCACAGCUACUUAUCUUCUACUCCUAGCCAAGAAGGCUCGGGGAAAACCAGUUCGUUUAAGGCUUCUUUCUUCCUGUGGACAAGCCAACUCGACUGCAGUCACAAACAUCAAGUCAAAGAAUCUGAGUCUAGAAGAUGUGAUCGCCAGUGAUGAAAAUUAUGUGGCUGGAUUAAUAGACUAUGAAUGGUGUGAAGACAUUUCAUCAACAGGUGUGGCUACUCCACAAACACCACAGUUUGCCAAGCAUUGGACAGAGUCAAAUGGUCUGGAAUCUAAAUCAUUAACUCCAGUAUUAUGCACAGCAUCUGUCAAUAAAUUAAAGAACAAAGAGAAUGUAUAUACUCCUAAGUCUGCUGUAAAGAAUGACGAGUGCUUUUCAUUUCCUGAACCAAAGACUCCAGUUAAUAAGAACCAGCAUAAAAGAGAAAUACUCACUACACCAAAUCAUUACAGUACACCUUCAAAAGCUAGAAACCAGUGCCUGAAAGAGACCCCAGUUAAAAUGCCGGUAAAUUCAGCAGGAACAGAGAAGUUAAUAACAGGUGUCAUUAGCCCUGAGAGGCGGUGUCGCUCAGUGGAACUCAACCUUAACCAAGUACAUGUAGAGGAUACUCCAAAAAGAAAAGGAACCAAAGUGUUUGGGAGCCUUGAGAAGGGGUUGGAUAAGGUUAUCACUGUGCUUACCAGGAGCAAAAGGAAGGGCUCGGCCAAAGAUGGGCCAAGAAGACUAAAGCCUCACUAUAACGUGACUACAACCAGAUUAGUGAAUCCAGAUCAACUCUUGAAUGAAAUAAUGUCUAUUCUUCCAAAGAAGCACGUUGACUUUGUACAAAAGGGCUAUACACUGAAGUGUCAAACACAGUCAGAUUUUGGCAAAGUGACAAUGCAGUUUGAGCUAGAAGUGUGCCAGCUUCAAAAACCCGACGUGGUGGGUAUCAGGAGGCAGCGGCUUAAGGGUGAUGCCUGGGUUUACAAGAGAUUAGUGGAAGACAUCCUGUCUAGCUGCAAGGUUUAA